AUGGCUGGAAAUGUGGAGUUUGUUGACGACGAUAUGGAGAAUGGCUAUAAUGCAAACAAAAUCCAACCUUUUGCCACACCAAAGUCAGAUCAAAGGUUGAUUGUGGUAGAAGGAGACAAGAAACAGCAUACUUCUAAAUGGAAUAUGAAGUUGGGGUUGAAAGAGCUUGUCUCCGUGAACGUGUGGAGAGCAUCAUUGGCUGAGCUCUUGGGUACGGCCGUCCUGGUUUUUGCUUUAGAUACCAUUGUCAUCUCCUCCCUUCAGACGAAUACAAAGACACCCAACCUUAUAAUAGCACCAAUGGUUGCAAUAAUUGUAACAAUUCUUCUUCUUGCUACUUUUCCCAUUUCUGGUGGUCACAUUAAUCCAAUUGUCAGUUUUUCUGCUGCACUCACCGGCCUGUGUUCCAUCACACGUGCUGUCAUGUAUAUUUUCGCUCAAUGCGUUGGUGGUGUAGUGGGUGCAUUAGCACUAGAAGCUGUUAUAAGCAGCAGCAUGGCAGAUACAUAUUCACUUGGAGGCUGCACUGUCACUAUAGUUACACCGGGAGAAAAUGGCCCAGUUGUGAUUGGUCUGGGGACAACUCAGGCUUUAUGGAUUGAGAUAAUUUGUUCAUUUGUCUUUCUUUUUGCUUCCAUAUGGAUGGCUUUUGAUAUUAGGCAAGCCAAAUCUCUGGGUCAAGUUUCAGUUUUUAUUAUCGUUGGAAUAGUAUUGGGGCUUCUUGUGUUUAUAUCAACAACUCUUACAGGUGAAAAGGGAUAUUCUGGUGCGGGGUUGAACCCUGCAAGAUGUUUGGGUCCAGCCAUUGUGAGAGGAGGCCAUCUCUGGGAUGCUCACUGGGUCUUCUGGGCGGGUCCCGGUAUUGCUUGCGUGGCUUUUGCCUUGUACACUAAGAUUAUUCCACGUCAGCAUUUCCACACAUACGCAUAGAAGAUGUAUUCAUUUUCUUAAUUAAUGGCAAAAUUUGAUCCAAUCUCUAUCUAAUUAGGGGUGCAGUUACUUUUUUAAAACGUCACAGUGGCGGUGGUUGUUGU